UCCAAUUGCAUUUAUUAAAUGUAUUAAAUAAUAACUAUAUUAUUAACAUAUUGCGGAAAAUAUAAAUUACUUAAGUGUACCUCAGGAAAUCUUCCAAAAGUUACGAAGAUACUUUUCUGUUUGAUAAAGAGUUUUAUGAUAAGAAAAAUAAAAAUAAGAUAAAUUGUGCUCCUGAUAUGGCAUCCUGUGAAUCAGAAGAAAUCAGUACAAAAACAAAACUUUCAAAAUUACAAUGUCCAUUUACUUGGGAUCUAUUGGAUAGUAUAACAAAGCAUCGUAAGAUGCAUUCUAAUAACAAUGAACAUGAUGAUGAACUAGAUGAUGAAGAAACUUGUAAUUUAGAACUCUUCAUGAAAACUAUAUUUAAAUGUUAUAAAACUAUAUUAAGUGCAGAUGAUACAGCUCAGAAUAUUCAAAAAGCUGAAGAUUUUUUGAUGCAGCUCCAACAAGAGAAAGAUUUAUCUCAAACGAUAAGGGUUAUAGAACAUGUGUUUUAUGCUACGAAAUGUUUUAUUUUAUAUGAAACAGACAAGUUAGAUGAGUUAGAUGAAAUAUUGAGCAAUAUUGGUACUGAUAAUUUCAGUAAAGCAGAAAUUGGUGCUUUGCAUGGUUGUCAAAGUGUUGUAUGGUCUUGCUUAAAUGAUUUUGGUAUGAAUAAAGCAGUGGAUAAUGCUAAGAAAGCAGUAGAAAUGAAUGAAGACUGUGCCUUAUGGCAUUUUAUUCUUGCAAAAAAUCUCAGACGUCAAAGACGUAUUAUAGAUCUUUCAUCUGAAGUGUCAAAUGAAGAAGAAAAGCAUUUUGACAUAGCAAAUGGUAUAUCUAAUAACAAUCCUGUAUUUGGAAUAUAUUACUUGCAAAUGCGUAUUGAAAAAUUUUACAAAUACAACAAAAAUAAGGAUUAUAUAACAAAAAAAGCAGCCAAUGAGAAAACAGUAUUGCAAAUGGCAAAAAAUAUAUUAAAAAUGAAACCUACUAGUUAUAAAGUAUUAUUAAAACUAAGUCGUAUGUUUUUACGAUCACAUUCGGAUGAAACAUUAACAGCAAAAGAAUGUCUAGAUGCUAUAGAAAAAAUAGUACCAAACAAUUCUACAUUUCUGCAUUAUACUGGAAUGUUAUAUGAAGAAUGUGGAGAGUUCAGGGAUGCUUUAUGGUAUUAUAAAAAGGCUGCAGAUUAUAAUAAUUUUGUAGCAGAAUUUUCAUACAUAAGAUAUGGUUGGGAAACAGGAGAAUUGCAACCUUUGCCGCAUUUACUACGAAUGCUAAAGAAAUAUGACUGUCCCAUCAAAGAACGGCAAAUAUCUAUGUUUUUAGCAAUCGCUACUACUUAUUAUUCUCUUUACAAGGAUAAAGAAAAUGCAGCAGAGUAUUUUGUGAAAGCACUUACGUUGGACCCACUCAACAAGAAGUUUAAGGUAUUUUAUAGAUUUCUUGACUUCAGUGCUCCGAGUAUAUACAAUUUUUUAAACAAUUACUUCCUUUACGAAAUUAAAUUACAUCAGAGAAGUCCAAAACUUGUAGAAAUGAGUAAGAAAAUAAGGGUGCUCUUGAAUACCAAAAACACAGAUGAUUUAACAAAAGAAGGUAAUUUAACAAAAGAUGAUUUAACAAAGGAAAAUGAUUUAACAAAAGAAAAUGAUUUAACAGAAGAAGCUGCAAACUCGUCUACGGUUUAAUACAUAUUAAUUCUCUGAUAGAUUUUGUUGAACAUUGCAGUAAUUUAAAUAAAUAACUAAUAGUAUAAGAUUACAGAGAUUGGCACUGAUACUUUAACAUUAAGUUGAUAUUUUAUUAUUAACUAAUAUAGAAUUGGAAAAUUGAUAUUUACCAAAGACGGGAAUUUUAUUAGAACCACACGCACACGUAUGUGUGUGUAAAGAAAGAGAGAGAGAGAGAGAGGUAAUAUGAUAGAUAUAUAGAGAUAGGUAAUAUAUUAAGUUCUAAAUAAUUAUAAAUAUAUUAUUGAAUAACGUUUAUUAUAGUUUCUAUAUUCUUAUAAAUUUUAUACAAAAGUAAAGAUUUUGUUAUUAAAUACUAUGAAUAUUGUUCUUUGAUAAUAUGAGUGCAUGUCGUUGCAUGAGUUGCAUUCGUGAAUAUAUAAUUUUGGCAUGUAUUAUGACUAUGAAAAAAUUGUUGAAGUUGAUUUAAAUAAAAAGAAUUACUCAAGCCUAUAUACCUGUCUCUUUUAAGUU